UGCGGACGAUUGAAUGUCGGAGAGGUGAUGUCGCAAGUGCUUGGAAAUUCGUAAGACGGUGGAAUAUGCGUGUCCAAGACGAAACAUUUAAAGCACAUGGAUGUCUCGUGAUCACCUAUCUGCUCUGUCCUAGUACCGCGCAAGAAUAAUGCCGUACCGAACAUGCAGGCGCUAAAUUGCGUCCAAAAAGCCCGACAACGCCAAUAACUGUGUACCAUCCGGCAUCAUCACGUCAUUCCGUAUGUAGCAGCAUCUGGGCAACUAAUUGAUCACUAGAGGGGGUGCCUGCCUCACUGGUAGAUAUUCAUGAGUCCUUUCGCAGGAGGCGGAAUUCAAGUGUUUUCCAACCAAAACCGGUUCGGCUUUGAGAGGUGCUAUUUUACUUUUUCUUACACCGCCGACGCAGUCCACCCACAAAAGGGGCUGCGCUACUACCAGGGAGGUAACCACCCUCCACCAAGUGAUCCUGGACCGGGACUUGCAAAUAACUCUAGGGUCAACACACUAAGCCAUUAUCUCUGACCCUUGUUGAUUUCCUUAAAGGCCCACCCCUGGAACUGGGGUGAUUGAAGUAGCCCGGCUAAAUACAAUAGGUGAAAUGAAGAGAACAUGUGAGUAAAACCAGGAUGCAAUAUCAGGUUACAAAUCGGGAAAUAAUAGGGGCCAUGCAAAUUACGUAUUUUUGGAUAAUAUUUUACUACUUGAGGAAAAAUAUCAAGUUCCUACCCAAACCUCCCAUACUUGAAGCCCUUCGGCCACAAACGCAAUAUUGGGGCAGAUGAAUGUCGAUAUCAAAUCUUAAGUUGACAAUGAAAUGAAAGCGUCUUAUCCCUCCAGGCAGCAACCUUCAUGAAUUUCGUCCACUUCGCACGCACCAACCGCUGUGCAGAUGUGCCGAUGAGUGGAGCCACCACUGCGGAAGGGCGAGCAUUUACACCCAGAGUAAAUAUGAUGUAGAUACAGGUUUAAAGGU